AUGUUCAUGAUCAUUCGAGAGCCGUUCAGUGGAGGAGUCAGUGGAGGAGUCAGUGGAGGAGGGAGCGCGCCAUCGGUGAAGAGUGCAAAACAGGUGCAGGCGGCCAUUAAGAAGAAGCUGGAGAAGCAGAAGAAGCGAAGCAGCGGCCAGGCCGGAGGUGUCGGAGUCAUUCAGAGUGCACAGCCACCUCGCCACCACAAACCCGCUCAGUUCCCCCAGAUGACGGCAGCCUUUGAGGACAGAGAGUCGCUGGAGGAGGAGCUGGAAGACAUGAUGGAGGGACCACAGAGAGGAGAGAGGGAGGAAGAGGAGGAGGAGGAGGGGGAGGAGGGGGAGCCUGCCGACCUGCUGCCCAUCAUGAACUCUAUGUUUGGACAGGACAGAGAGCUGAGACCAGAGGAGCUCGAAGAGCUCAAAAAGGCUUUUGCGGAGUUUGAUCGGAAAAAAAAAGGCUACGUCACUCACGACGACCUCGGCCAGUGUAUGAGGACCAUGGGGUACAUGCCGACAGAGAUGGAGCUCAUCGAACUGAGCCAGCAGAUCGGUGGAGGUAAAAUUGACUUUGAUGACUUUGUCGAGCUCAUGGGACCCAAGAUGCUGGCCGAGACCGCCGACAUGAUUGGAAUCAAAGAACUUCGAGAUGCAUUCAAAGAGUUUGACUCUAAUGGUGAUGGCCAGAUCAGUUUAAUUGAGCUCCGUGAAGCCAUGAAGAUGCUGAUGAGGGAACAAGUGACCAACAGAGAGAUUAACGAGAUCCUCCAAGAUGCCGACCUCAACGGAGAUGGUCUGGUGGACUUUGAGGAGUUUGUGCGAAUGAUGUCCCGCUGACCGGCCCAGCGUGUCAGAUUGAGAUGGAGAGGCAGACUUUAUGAAACUGUGAGAUGAGAUAACACACUAUAGGACACACAUCUAAAAUUGUAUUUUUGUAUCAAUGAAAGAAAAAAUGAGGAAAACAAUGCUUUGAAUAGACAAAUAGUAUCUGGCCUAACAUGACUAUAACAUCUGAACUCCAGGUGCAACACCAUGAUAAAGCCCUUCAAUAGCAGUAACACAUAUCAAAAGCUGCUUCAUAGACAACAUUUAUGACCGAGUGAUUAUUAGAUGUAUUUUUAUGUCUAUCGAUGUUUGAACUUUGAGUGUAAAAUUGUAAACUGUUUUUUUUUAUUAAAAGAAAGUUACCAACAUUGGAUGAAUGGACACAUUAUUACGACCGGGUCGACUUGUGAUCUGACACAACCAUUAAAUAAGAGGAACGUAAAUCUGGAGUUUAUA